CAAGGGAGGGAAGCGGUGUGUUAACAGCUGGAAUAAGUUUGAUACUGUUGUGAACAUUAACGCCACAAUGUUACAUACAGUGGUAAUACUUCUAUCUCUCGUUGUGGCUGUCGCUACGAAAGACCCAGUCACCUCAAGCCUCACCUGUGUCCCAGCCCAGCUCGGCCACACAGCCAUCAAAGCCAGCGUCACCAACGCCGUUCUACCCAGCAACGUCCGCCUCUCCGUGAUCAGGAACUCUCGCGAGAUCGCAGGCUGGUACGAGAACCAAAAAUCCGCUGCACCGGGGUACAGUGUUAAUGUGAGUCGUACAUCGAAUCAAGUUACGCUGGAGGUCGUCGUGAAUAACAUCACGGGCGGAAGCUGGGAUGUGUUUUUCAACGUGAUGCAGGAUGGAGCGUUGUUAGAGUCUACACAAACAUGUAAAAUUUUCGUUUGGGCCACUCCAGAAGAAAUAGUCUGCAGCUACAACCUCUCGUCUGCUGCUCCGAUGGUCAGCUGUAUGAUACGUCGGCACUUUCCGAAGAUCACGUGCCAGUGGAAAUACAGAGUCGGGAGAAAAACGAAUACGUCGAACAGCCAAACUGAGACGAGGGUCAACAACUACUUUAACACAAAUUGCUCCCUUCCCCUUACCUUAACAUCUUCAAGUGACUACAACGUUACCUUGACAGUUACCUAUAGAGGUAACUAUUCAAAGAACCCCGGAGCGCCUCCUAAAAUCACGAAGACAAUCCUCAUCGAUGAAGGAAAUAUUUCUUCUAGCAAUAGCAAGAGAACUAUCGCAAAUACGACACAGGUAGCUUCUACUCGCAAAGACUCCACGAUGCUACAGACUACUGAAGUUUAUCCCAUAGGUGUAAGGGAAAUCACCACUACGAGAAACUAUGAAACACGAACCGUAACUCCAACAACCCCAUCAACAACUAAAGUUAAGCCCCCUACAACAACAACUCAGCCGGCUCAGCCAAACACUCCGGAAACAACAACCCCUCCACCGAGUGUCGCUAGUGACAGUGCCCUAACAACAGCUUCUUCUCCGGGCAUUGAUGAAGGCACGACAGCAGUUCCACUGAUUCAGUCUGAGACGUGGAAGGAAGACGAGCAAUCCACGAGGGCUGAUACAACCACAGACCAACCAAGUGACACAACAGAGUGCAUAGAAGAUACUUCUUUAAUGCCAGAAACAGACAUAAAAAUAGACAUGCAGCUCUUAUAUAACGCCACCGUCAUGGUUGACGAAGCACUAGCGACAGGAUUGGGGAACAACGCUAUGCACCAUUGGACCCAAUUGUUACAUAUUUUGAACUCCCUAGAUGAGGCCUCGAAAUCAGCUCAGGACGAGGAUGCAAUUUUUAUCGAAUUAAAAAAUAUUGCUGUCUACAAAGGUAAAGCUGUAGGGGUCAUUGAUUUCCCUCCUACCAUUAAUACAAGCGCUAUACUGAACAUCAGUUGGAAUGUUUAUUCUAAGAUAGGUGUAGCUCUACCAAGGGAAGCAAGUCAGGAUUUACCAGGUCUCGUCAUUGAUUAUGCGGAUCCGCCUCACUAUUAUGUGAUUGUAUUCAAAGAUGGCGCGAACUUGCAACUGAUCAACGCCAAGGCACACAACUCGACCGUCGAAGGGAAAGAACUCCAAAACUAUAAAAUUGUUUCUGAGAUUAUUUUCUUCAACAUAACACAAGGGGAAGUAACUGUUGAUAGACCACUUUACCUUAACUUCACGAUACUCGCUACAACGAAUACACAGCCCGAGUGUGUAUACCUGGAUAUGUUGCCAGGUGGUCUACAGAUCGGUGAAGGCAACAUCUGCCGAGUGGUCAGUCGUGGUCAGUACCAGGUGACGUGUGCAUGUGAGCAGGCUAAUAAACUCUUCGCUGUCCUGGUUCGUACAACAUCAACGGAAAAUCACUUGAUUUUGUUUGACUGGUUGUCAAUAGUAGGAUCUUGUGUGUGUAUGGCCUUCCUGUUGGUUACUCUCAUUAUCUACAUCAUAACAUGGAGACAUAUCAAAUCUGAUCAUUUUAUCUUGAACAUCAACAUCUCCGUGUUUCUGAUCAUUGGGAACUUAGUUUUUAUAUUUGGAAUCAAUGAAACUGGGAACAGGGUCAUGUGCACCGUCAUCGCUGCCGGUCUUCACUUCCUGUUCCUGGUCGUGUUUUUCUCCCUGCUGGGUCAAGGUCUCGUCUACCUCAAGUCUGGCAUCAAACAAUCCAACAAUUCCAUCAUACGUCACGCGCUGGCUUUGGCAUACGGUUGCCCUUUGAUCAUCGUCACUGUGUCUAUCGCAACAGUUGUCGCCACUAAAUCCGAGGGCUUCGGAAAUACAUCAGUCUGCUGGGUUUCAAUAGGUUCUGGAAUUUUCUGGGCGUUCGUCAUCCCAGCACUUUUUACUUUAGUGAUCAAUCUUUCUGUUUUGGUGAUGUCCUGCUGUGCAAAUACUAAGCCACACAGGCUAGAGAUUAUAUCGAUUAGUGUACUGAAUUCGAUCACUUGUUUGACAUGGGCACUGGUGAUCUUAUAUCUGAUGUACCAAAUUCAACUCUUGCAGUAUCUCUAUGCAGCAUUAAACGCUUCACAGGGUUUCUAUAUGUUUGUGUUCCAAUGUAUUCUACAGAGCAGGGUUCGCGCUGGGUUUGUUCUGAUCAAACAUCGCUACAAACCAAACCAGGAAGACUACAACAGCUUAACCUGGACAUUCUCCGUUAGUAACAAUAAGUCGACACAACAGAAAGGAGGUCAUAAAGAAAGUUUCAGUAAAUAUGAAAAUCAAGUCCUCUGAGAAACGGUCGAUCCAUAUAUGAAUCUCUUGC